AUGCACCGCAACGUGGAGGUGCGAAGCGACAAGUUGUGUCAGCAAGCGCGUGGACGCCGCGACCGAAAAUCCCAAGUCAAGUUUGCGGGUUUUUCGGUCGGCGAUUUUGUGUUUAUCGGAUCGGUCGUCAACCGUCCGACAAAAUUGGCCCUGCAUUGGCGAGGACCCUUCCAAGUGACCAGAGUCAUCACAGACCAUGUGAUGGAGACUCAGCAGCUGGUGCCACCGUACGAAGCCACGGUCCACCAUGCGUGCCGAUUAAAGAUGUACCACGAAGGUGGUAGAGACGUGACCGAAGACCUCGAAGCGCAGGUCGCGUUUGGCGAUGGCGGAUGUCAUGUGGAACGCCUGGACGAAGCGCGCUGCGUGGAUGGCCAACACCAAGUUUUGGUGAAGUGGCUUGGGCUGGACGAUGAAGAAUCGUCCUGGGAAUCUGCGGCGAAUUUGCUGGACGACAUUCCAGUCGUAUUUCGCAAGUGGGCGGUGGCCAACAAGGAAGACCCUGCCGUGGCCGCCCUCAUCAAGACACUGGACUUUCCGUAG